UUUUUUUUUUUUUUUUUUUGCAGCAUCAGUACCGCGUUCGGAAUCGCAUUCGUGUGCUGGAGUCAGAGCGCGCUGCGGGGCAUCACUGCACCGCCACGGAGGACACUCCAUUACAGAACCAGGAACGGGGGAAAAGGGGGAAAGGCGUGAAAUAGUGCAGACGGGAAAGAACAGGGCGCCCUUUUUUCCCGACACCACCUAAAUCUGUGGGAAAUUAAACAGGAGUCAGACAUUCGCUAAUAAUAAAUCCACGAACACAGCGGACACCUCAAACGAUAUUUUUGGCCAGCACGGCGGGGAAAAAAUGAAGGAUCGCACGCAGGAACUACGAAGUGCUAAGGACAGUGACGAUGAUGAGGAAGUCGUUCAUGUCGACCGAGACCACUUUAUGGAUGAAUUUUUCGAACAGGUGGAGGAGAUCCGUGGCUGUAUUGAAAAGCUGUCAGAAGAUGUAGAACAGGUCAAGAAGCAGCACAGUGCCAUCCUAGCAGCACCCAACCCUGAUGAAAAGACCAAGCAGGAGUUGGAGGACCUCACAGCUGACAUUAAGAAAACAGCCAAUAAAGUGCGCUCUAAAUUAAAAGCAAUCGAACAAAGUAUCGAGCAAGAGGAGGGGUUGAACAGAUCAUCUGCAGAUUUGCGGAUCCGCAAGACACAGCAUUCCACGCUGUCACGCAAGUUUGUAGAGGUGAUGACAGAGUACAACACCACGCAGUCCAAAUACAGAGACCGCUGCAAGGACCGUAUUCAGAGACAACUGGAAAUUACUGGCAGAACGACUACCAAUGAGGAGCUGGAAGACAUGUUGGAAAGUGGGAAGCUUGCCAUCUUCACUGAUGAUAUCAAAAUGGACUCCCAGAUGACCAAGCAGGCUCUAAAUGAGAUUGAGACCCGACACACUGAGAUCAUUAAGUUGGAGAACAGCAUCCGUGAGCUGCACGACAUGUUUGUGGACAUGGCAAUGCUUGUGGAGAGUCAGGGAGAGAUGAUUGACAGAAUUGAGUAUAAUGUGGAACACUCUGUGGACUAUGUAGAGAGAGCAGUUUCUGACACCAAGAAGGCUGUCAAAUACCAGAGUCAGGCACGCAAGAAGAAGAUCAUGAUCAUCAUCUGCUGUGUAAUUUUGGGAGUGGUUUUGGCGUCCACUAUCGGAGGAACCCUGGGCUUCUAAACGAUAUGAAGAAAGACAAACACUUGGAAAGCUGAGUGUUUUAUCCACUUAAACACUAAAUAAGGAAACUGUCAUAAAAUGGGGGCUGGGUAGGGUUAAAAAUGGAAUAUUCAGAAAUCAAACAAUCAAAAAAUU